AUGGCAUCUGUUCCAGUGUACUGCUUGUGUCGCCUGCCCUAUGAUGUCACACGCUUUAUGAUCGAGUGUGACAUCUGUCAAGACUGGUUCCAUGGAAGGUAAGUUAUAUUUCAGUGUUGUUGAGCUUUACUAAUUGCAGACUGUUUACAGUAGGCUAGUUGAGUAAAUUUGUUUAGUUUAUAUUGUGUACAUUAUUGUUUUUUUUGUUUAGUUGUGUUGGAGUGGAGGAAGACAAAGCAGCAGAGAUUGACCUGUACCACUGUCCCAACUGUCAGGUCACCCAUGGGCCCUCUGUCAGUAAGUCCCUCUGUCUCUUUCAGUUUGAUUUCCAGGCUCUCUUUUUAUAUUUCACAUGUAUUUCAGACCUGUUUGAAUCUGUUGCAUCAGGUGUGCUAGUUCUGAAGACAUUAAAUACGUGGAAUGGCUGGGGGUACUCGAGGAGAGGUUUAGGAAACCCAGCUCUACAGGAAUACACAUGCCAAUACACAUGCCAAUUCCUCUGAGUCUUUGGCCUUGUGGUCUGCCUUUUAGUAGUGUGGUUCUGGUUGUAAUCCCAGUCUGUUGUUGUCCCCUUUAUGUUCUGCAGUGAGGAAGCGGCGUGGAGGAACCAAGCAGGCUGAUGCUGGAGCCACUGGAGGAAGAGACACUUCUGGUCGACCGGUAAAGACCGGCAGUCCACAGUUUGUCAGAGAGCUACGAAGCCGCACCUUCCCAAGGUAAACCUCCCAUGUUACAUUAUGUCUAUACAGUACAUGUUCAUUCUCUUCCACACUGUCUCUAUAUCUACUAUGAACAUUUACAUAAAAUCACCCCCUCCCAGAGGAAGAACCCAAUCUGACACCUAAAUGAAUUUAAGCGUAGAGCUUCUGCUUGCGUAUAUACACUACCGUUCAAAAGUUUGGGGUCACUUAGAAAUGUCCUUGUUUUUGAAAGAAAAGCAAUUUUUUUGUCCAUUAAAAUAACAUCAAAUUGAUCAGAAAUACAGUGUAGACAUUGUUAACGUUGUAAAUGGCUUUUGUAGCUGUAAAUGGCUGAUUUUUUUUAUUUUUAUGGAAUAUCUACAGUGGGGAAAAAAAUUAUUUAGUCAGCCACCAAUUGUGCAAGUUCUCCCACUUAAAAAGAUGAGAGGCCUGUAAUUUUCAUCAUAUGUACACGUCAACUAUGACAGACAAAAUGAGAAAAAAAAUCCAGAAAAUCACAUUGUAGGAUUUUUAAUGAAUUUAUUUGCAAAUUAUGGUGGAAAAUAAGUAUUUGGUCAAUAACAAAAGUUUCUCAAUACUUUGUUAUAUACCCUUUGUUGGCAAUGACACAGGUCAAAUGUUUUCUGUAAGUCUUCACAAGGUUUUCACACACUGUUGCUGGUAUUUUGGCCCAUUCCUCCAUGCAGAUCUCCUCUAGAGCAGUGAUGUUUUGGGGCUGUCACUGGGCAACACUGACUUUCAACUCCCUCCAAAGAUUUUCUAUGGGGUUGAGAUCUGGAGACUGGCUAGGCCACUCCAGGACCUUGAAAUGCUUCUUACGAAGCCACUCCUUCUUUGCCCGGGCGAUGUGUUUGGGAUCAUUGUCAUGCUGAAAGACCCAGCCACGUUUCAUCUUCAAUGCCCUUGCUGAUGGAAGGAGGUUUUCACUCAAAAUCUCACGAUACAUGGCCCCAUUCAUUCUUUCCUUUACACGAUCAGUCGUCCUGGUCCCUUUGCAGAAAAACACCCCCAAAGCAUGAUGUUUCCACCCCCAUGCUUCACAGUAGGUAUGGUGUUCUUUGGAUGCAACUCAGCAUUCUUUGUCCUCCAAACACGACGAGUUGAGUUUUUACCAAAAAGUUAUAUUUUGGUUUCAUCUGACCAUAUGACAUUCUCCCAAUCCUCUUCUGGAUCAUACAAAUGCACUCUAGCAAACUUCAGACAGGCCUGGACAUGUACUGGCUUAAGCAGGAAUACACGUCUGGCACUGCAGGAUUUGAGUCCCUGGCGGCGUAGUGUGUUACUGAUGGUAGGCUUUGUUACUUUGGUCCCAGCUCUCUGCAGGUCAUUCACUAGGUCCCGCCGUGUGGUUCUGGGAUUUUUGCUCACCGUUCUUGUGAUCAUUUUGACCCCACGGGGUGAGAUCUUGCGUGGAGCCCCAGAUCGAGGGAGAUUAUCAGUGGUCUUGUAUGUCUUCCAUUUCCUAAUAAUUGCUCCCACAGCUGAUUUAUUCAAACCAAGCUGCUUACCUAUUGCAGAUUCAGUCUUCCCAGCCUGGUGCAGGUCUACAAUUUUGUUUCUGGUGUCCUUUGACAGCUCUUUGGUCUUGGCCAUAGUGGAGUGUGACUGUUUGAGGUUGUGGACAGGUGUCUUUUAUACUGAUAACAAGUUCAAACAGGUGCCAUUAAUACAGGUAACGAGUGGAGGACAGAGGAGCCUCUUAAAGAAGAAGUUACAGGUCUGUGAGAGCCAGAAAUCUUGCUUGUUUGUAGGUGACCAAAUACUUAUUUUCCACCAUAAUUUGCAAAUAAAUUCAUUAAAAAUCCUACAAUGUGAUUUUCUGGAUUUUUUGUUCUCAAUUUGUCUGUCAUAGUUGACGUGUACAUAUGAUGAAAAUUACAGGCCUCUCUCAUCUUUUUAAGUGGGAGAACUUGCACAAUUGGUGGCUGACUAAAUACUUUUUUUCCCCACUGUACGUAGGCGUACGGAGGCCCAUUAUCAGCAACCAUCAGUCCUGUGUUCCAAUGGCACGUUAUGUUUGCUAAUCCAAGUUGAUCAUUUUAAAAGGCUAAUUGAUCAUUAGAAAACCCUUUUGCAAUUAUGUUAGCACAGCUGAAAACUGUUGUGCUGAUUUUAAAGAAGCAAUAAAACUGGCCUUCUUGAGACUAGUUGAGUAUCUGGAGCAUCAGCAAUUGUGGGUUCGAUUACAGGCUCAAAAUGUCCAGAAACAAAUAACUUUCUUCUGAAACUCAUCAGUCUAUUCUUGUUCGGAGAAAUUAAGGCUAUUCCAUGCGAGAAAACAGAACAGCGCAAACUGGCUCUAACCAGAAUAGAAAGAGGAGUGGGAGGCCCCGGUGCACAACUGAGCAAGAGGACAAAUACAUUAGUGUCUAGUUUGAGAAACAGGCGCCUCACAGGUCCUCAGCUGGCAUUAAAUAGUACCCGCAAAACACCAGUCUCAACGUCAACAGUGAAGAGGCGACUCCGGGAUGCUGACCUUCUAGGCAGAGUUGCUAAGAAAAAGCCAUAUCUCAGACUGGCCAAUAAAAAUAAAAUAUUAAUAUGGGCAGUCUUUUCUCGCAUGGAAUAUCCUUCAUUUCUCAGGACAAGAAUAGACUGACGAGUUUCAGAAGAAUGUUCUUUGUUUCUGGCCAUUUUGAGCCUGUAAUCGAACCCACAAUUGCUGAUGCUCCAGAUACUCAACUAGUCUCAAGAAGGCCCGUUUUAUUGCUUCUUUAAUCAGCACAACAGUUUUCAGCUGUGCUAACAUAAUUGCAAAAGGGUUUUCUAAUGAUCAAUUAGCCUUUUAAAAUGAUAAACUUGGAUUAGCAAACACAACGUGCCACUGGAACACAGGACUGAUGGUUGCUGAUAAUGGGCCUCUGUACGCCUAUGUAGAUAUUCCAUUAAAAAUCAGCCGUUUCCAGCUACAAUAGCCAUUUACAACAUUAACAGUGUAUACACUGUAUUUCUGAUCAAUUUGAUGUUAUUUUAAUGGACAAAAAAAUUGAUUUUCUUUCGAAAACAAGGACAUUUCUAAGUGACCCCAAACUUUUGAACGGUAGUGUGUAUUUGUCUUACUUUUUAACUCUGCGCUGUUGGGAAUGGGCUCGUAAGUAAGCAUUUCACUGUAAAGUCUACACCUGUUGUAUUCGGCGCAUGUGACCAAUACAAUUUACAUUUAUUUUAUUUGACAUACAUUAUAGUGUCUCAACUCUAUCCUAGUGGUCCAGAAUAUGGCCUUUGAAUCUGAAUUUUGUAUUCAGUUAAUGUAUCAUUGUGGAGUGACACUCUAAUAAUUAUAACUCUACAGUUCUGCCCUGGUUCCCUCCAUAGAAGUAAUAAUACAUUUCAUUUGUAAAGUGCUUUUCUCACACCCAAGGCACUGAAGAAAACAACAACAAAUGAAAUAAAAAUAAUCCAGAACAUUGUAAGCAGACAACAAUCAAAGCUAUAUACAGGUGUCGUCGUCAGAUCUGGUGUUCAGGAGAACUGAAUUAAGAGGUCCUUUUCAGUUUUGAACUGUGCCUUAAACUAGGCCAGAGACUCGGCAGCCCUGAUAGUGACUGGAAGUGCGUUCUACAGCCGAAGAGUCGCACAAAUGAAAGCACUGUCAUCCAUAGUUUUUAGUCUGCUGUGGGGCUGCUGAAGGGAGAUGGACCUGGAGGAGCGAAGGGUGCGUGUUGGGUAGGAUGAGGUCCGACAGAUACUUGGGUCCAGAGUUGUGAAUAGCUUGGUAGGUGUGAACCAGGAUUUUAAAGUCAAUGCGUGAGCAUAUGGGGAGCCAGUGGAUGUUGAUCAGCAUUGGCGUGAUGUCCUCACGGGGUGAGGUGUGGGUAGGACACGUGCAGCACAGUUCUGGACAUAUUGUAGCCUUCUUAGGCACUUGGCAGAUGUGCCAACAAAACAGGGCGUUAUAAUAGUCCAGACGGUAUGAGAGAAAGGCGUGGAUGAGUCCACUCCCUGUACUCCAUGUCAUUGCCAAAGAGACUGGCCUUUAUGCCGUCUUCAAAUAUGGACUUUCUAUCAUUAAUGAGCUCGAGAAAAACAGAGGAUUUAAUCCUGAUUCGAUAACCCUCACAGCUAUCCUGCAGUCACACCGAUUAUGCAAAUAUUGGAACUUUUUUCUUCACAGAACACGUUGGUAUCUGGUUGCUCACAUCUAAAUACAUACUGCAAUUUCAACCACAAGACGUCUUAGUUUUGAUUUUAAGCUUGCCCAUUUCAACUUGCCCAUCUAACAGCUAAAUAUUCGUUUUUUUACUUUGUUAUAAAUUCAAAUUCUAUUUUUGAGGCUCCACAUAUUGUCAUGGAAAAUAUUAAUGUUAUUUCCAACAACCAAUGAGCAACUCCGCCAUAGAUCCAGUGCAUAAUGAAUGUUGAGAUUCCUGAAAGGCCAGUGGCAAGGAGUGGAAUGUUAGCUAAAGAGACUGGGCAAAGCACCCCUAGUCUGAGUACCAUUCUAGUUCUUCUAUUUCUAUAUGUCCCUCACUCUCUCACAAUCUCUCUGUCUUUGUCCAGUGCUGACGAGGUGCUGUUGAAGCCGUUGGGGGCCCAGCUGACUGUGGAGUUCCUGGAAGAGCGCUCCUUCAGUGUUCCUGUGAUGGUCCUCAGGAGGGACGGCUUGGGCAUGAACCUGCCCCCGGGGAACUUCGGAGUCAAUGACGUAGAGCACUACAUUGGUAAUCCUCCACGUCUUUGUGGCCAUUUUGGUUUUACAUGGAAUUAUUGUGAUAUGUGGUUGUUUUACCCACAUAAUUAAAUAGAACACAGAAUUAUGGUAUCUUUAUCUACUUUAGUUGAAUGCACUGACUGUAAGUCGCUCUGGAUAAUAGCAUCUGCUCAAUGAUUCAAAUGUAAACCUGCCACAGUACACGGCUCCGUCGUUCCUGCUCUUCAACUAGUCACAUCUCAACUUGACAUUUCAUUACCAUAGGAGAUGUAACCUCGUGUAGGUUAUCAGAGUAACCUAACGUCUUAUCUUACACAACACAAUUUCUGUGAAGUUGAAAUGUUGUAUAUCAUCAUGGUUAGGGCUGUGGCGAUCAUGACAUUUCUUCAGCCGAUGAUUGUCAAGCAAAUAACUGCCGUUCUCACGGUAAUUGACCGUUAAUUAACAGAAACACAUUUAGCAUCUCCUGGCUUCCAUGCAUAGGCGACAAGCCACUGAUGCAGACCUUUGGAACAUCUACAUUUUAGAACGUUUAAUAAAUCUAUGUUAUAUAGCCUACACCAUCACAAUAAAUCAAUUAUUUAUUUUAGACAGGUCUAAAGAAACAUGAUAUGAAGAAAAUGUUGUCUAUUUCAGAAGAACAGAAUAGCAUACUCUGAGUUGUCCUGAUCUGGCUAUGCCAAACAGCUGUGGGCUACACUAGUUCAUUUAGCAGACAAGAUUUGCUUAGAAUUCCAUGGCAUUAUUUUAUAGUAUGAAGAAUACAUUUGAACAUAGCUGAAUAAAAUAGAAAGGAUAUUUUCUCCAAACAAUUUCUGAGGGAGUGCACACUAUUCUGUGUUGAGCGGUUAACAAAGAAACAGGUCCUCCUAUAAGCUUAAUUUAGUUAUAUGUAUGUAACUUUAGUUGUGAUACAAACAUUGGGCUAUAUGUUUUGUAAUACAUUCUAAGGCUGCAUGAUGUGAAUCUAAGGAUGAUUUGAAGAAGUCACAUGAAAGGCAUGAGCUCUGCUUAGUCUUUAAGCAAUGAGGCUGACACAACAGAGCAGAACGUUUAACUUAAAUUGUUGAUAAACUAUUAGGCUAUUUCUUCACAUUAUAAGCGCAGCAAUGCGCACAUGGCAGUAGGCUAUAAGCGCAAAUGUUCCAUUAGCGGGAAAACACUGUUCUCAAAAGUGACUGCAAAUGUGAUUAUGCACAUAAUGCUUUUAUUAUAAAGGUGCAUUGUUAUGGUGAAAAUGAUCUUCCCAAAACUUGAAACUCAGGCGCUGCGUAUGUAUGCCAGUUAGGCUCUACACCCGUUGUAAAGCAGAUGAAUGUGCUUCAUUUUAAGAAGUUAUUUGGCCACUUUAGUUGUGGUACAAACCUUAUCAAAACAUAUAGGUCUAUAGGCUAGGUUACAUGAGGUGUGCGACUAUGAUUUGAAAAAGUCGCAAAAAAAGGCAUGCAUUUCUUGCCUUACUACAAGCUGGGCAUCAUUCACAAGUGAUAAUAUAUCAUUCACAAGUGAUAUGCUAAUAUUGUCACCCAUCAGGCUAUAUUUGAUUUAAUCUUGUCUUUACAUAUACUAAAUAAUAUGUGUGAAAUUUGUUUUGAUUUAGAAUGGACCAUUUAUCAUGCACCUGUCUCAAAACAGGGGCAGUGGAAAAAAAUACAUGUAAUCUAUGCACUUAAAUAGCGAAUUGAGGACGCUUUUCAUGUGGUUCAUUUUCAUGCCAGCCAGGUAGGCUAUGCUCCUGUUGUAAAGAGAAGCAAUGUGCUUAAUAUUAGGGAAGUUGAGAAAUAAAUAUAGUAGGCCUAGCCUAUAGAAAGCUGAUGGGAUCCUCCUCUUUUUAAUAGAGGCCAUCACUCUGUUUUUCUCACACAAUUGCAUAGCCUAUAGAAGUGUUGCGCAACAUGAGCUCAUGGGCUCUCAUGAAGUUUGAUUAGAUUUUCGAUUACAUUUGCACGUCAGAGUGAUUUUAGAGGGACAAUAGAGUGCUGAGUACCAGGCAGUUAGCAAGUUUGGUAGGCUACUAAUGACCAGCAGCAGCAUCAGAGCUUGGAGAAGCCUAAUUACCGUGACUAAACGGUCACGUGGAAUUUGACUGCCUUCAUGACUCGUGACCGCCGUUGUGGCGGUAAUACGGUCACCGUAACAGCCCAAAUCAUGGUGCAGGAAUAAAGUCUGGGGAGCAUUGUUGAUUGCGUGUUGUCUGUAGGUCCGGACAGGGUGAUUGACGUGAUUGUGUGUUGAUUGCGUGUUGUCUGUAGGUCCGGACAGGGUGAUUGAUGUGAUUGACGUGCCUCGCCAAGCUGACCUGAAGAUGUGUCUAGGGGACUUUGUAGAGUACUACAACAGCCCCAACAGAGACGGAGUCCUCAACGUCAUCAGCCUAGAGUUCUCUGAGACCAGGUACACUACACUGCUUGUUCUUGGGUCACUUCGGUCCACUCAUAUGAUGGUAUUGCUCUCUAGGGGUCUUCCUUGUCACGAGAACAUCAUUUGGUUGAACAAAAGUUACAUUUUGCCAGAGCCAUACUGCGAGCGAUAAAUGACUUGGCAUAAUAAUUGUUUCUUCAGAAUAAAGUUCUUUAAGUACUGUUGUUGCAGUUGUAAAAAAAAUAAAAAUAAUACUUUGACUGAAUCUGGUGUUUUAAAUAUACAAAAUGUAAAUGUUCUGUACCAGGCUGUCCAAUCUGGUGGAGACUCCAAAGAUAGUGAGGAAGCUGUCGUGGGUGGAGAACCUGUGGCCUGAGGAGUCAGUGUUUGAGCGGCCCAACGUCCAGAAGUACUGCCUCAUGGGGGUCAAGGACAGCUACACAGACUUCCACAUCGACUUCGGAGGCACCUCUGUCUGGUACCAUGUACUACGGGUAAGAAGAGGGUCGUUAUGGGACAGUUGUGGGCCAGAUUGUGGAAAGGGACAGUUGGCACUAGGCAAUCUUCCUGCUGUGCUGACAAGCACAAUUGGAUAGUUAUACACUAAGAAUACCUGCUCUUUCCAUGAGACUGACUAGGUGAAGGCUAUGAUCCCUUAUUGAUGUCAGUUGUUAAAUCCACUUCAAUCAGUGUAGAUGAAGGGGAGGAGACAGGUUAAAGAAGGAUUUUUAAGCCUUGAGACAUGGAUUGUGUAUGUGCGCCAUUCAGAGGGUGUAUGGGCAAGACAAAAUGGGGGUGUAUGGGCAAGUCAGAGGGUGUAUGGGCAAGUCACGGUAAUCCCAAUCCAAAACUGCGCAAAUGAAUGGUGCUGAUGGGUAGCCUACCAAACUUGCUAAUGGCCUGGUUCUCAGAGCUCUAUUGUCCCUCUAAUCACCGUCUAAACCAGUGAUCACCAACCGGUCGAUCGCCAAGCAUUUCCUAGUUGAUCACCAAACAUUUCUGUAAGAAACACAACGAUUAAGCCUUGCCUUCCUAUUUUUGUAUUAGUUUCGAGCUGUUUGCGUUAGGUGCACUUGAUUCUGCAGCCCUAGUGCCGGACUAGUAAAGGCCCAGUGCACUACUUUUGUGCAAAUAAUUGUAUUUAUUUAUAUAUUUGUAUGAAUAUAGGUAAAUUCCGGUUUUUCAGGGGGUGCUCCGACACCCUCAGCACCCCUACUUCCUGCAGGUAUGGUUGCGUUAUUAUUUGUGGCUUGCCUUUUUUAAUAUCAAGGAAUAUUUCACUUUCUCUGGUCAUAGGAGUAACAACAUGAAUUGGUGCAUCAGGCAGAAAUGUGUUAUGUUUUGCCAUCAGCUGGACGACUGUGCCCCAUUUUCUCAUGGAGGGACAGAGGAGGAACGGUGAGCCCCUCAGACUGACCAUCAGAUGCAGGCCAUCAGUCCAGUAAAAAAGCUAAUUAUUAUGCUCGCUCAGCUGUGCCUCACAAGUAAUACAACAAAUGAUCUAUUACCAGUGUGAUCAUAUACCUAAAAAAAAAUUAUAUAAUGUAAAAAUGGUCUGAGAAGAACAACAUUGGCAGGGAAAUUGAAGCGUAGCCAAUAUGCAGUAAUAAUGUAUUGGGCCUAUAUCUUACUGCACAAACCUAAUUGCUACAGUACUGUUUUUAAUUGGUUAAUGUUGCAGAGGUUUACGUUUUAACAUUUUACAUUUUAGUCAUUUAGCAGACGCUCUUAUCCAGAGCGACUUACAGUUAGUGAGUGCAUACAUUCUUUUUUUCUUUUUUCAUACUGGCCCCCUGUGGGAAUCAAACCCACAACCCUGGCGUUGCAAACGCCAUGCUCUACCAACUGAGCUACCUGCCGGCCAUUCCCUCCCCUACCCUGGACGACGCUGGGCCAAUUGUGCGCCGCCCCAUGGGUCUCCCGGUCGCGGCCGGCUACGACAGAGCCUGGAUUUGAAGCAGGAUCUCUAGUGGCACAGCUAGCACUGCGAUGCAGUGCCUUAGACCACUGCGCCACUCGGCAUGUAAAAAAAAAGUCUGAGUGAUAGAUCUCAGCUUUCAUUUUGACUCAAAGUGAUCUUGACUCAGAAAAGGUUGAUGACCACUGCUCUAAACACAUCAUGAUUUGAAUUGGAAUAAUCUGAAUAAUGAGGACAAAUAGUGAUGAGAGUUAGAGUUCCUGUUCCGAAAUGGACAUGGGAAGGCUCGGGACCCAAUAGUCAUACAUUUUUCAAAACUGUUCCUAAAGGACAACUGGUCCUUUUCCAAAUCAUCAUCAUGUUCCAAAGGUGCGCUAAACAUGUUUAUGUUAAUUAACGCUCAAUAACCAUGAGACGGCAGUCAUUUGCAUGACAAUUACUGUCUGACAAAAUUUCAUGACCUCCACAGCCCUUGCCAGGCGCACCGGUUUGUGUCAAGAACUGCAACGCUGCUGUUUUCUUUCACGCUCAACAGUUUCCCUUGUGAAGAAUGGUCCACCACCCAAAGGAGAUCCAGCUAACUUGAUACAACUUUGGGAAUCACUUGAGUCAACAUGGGCAUCAGGGUUUCUGUUAGUCGGUAAUUGCCGGCUUUUGGCAAAAAUAAAUAAUUGAAAAGCCGAUAAAUACAAUUAUUGCAGGCCAAAUUGACUGGGAUGAAAAAUCAAUGGUAGGCAGUUUUUUCAUAUGUGCAUUUUCGUGGAACAGUUUCAUUUCAAUAAUAACGUUUUCUUUCCUCAAAAUCAUUGUCACGUGAUUAAUCAUAAAAAUCUUAAUCAAAAUGAUAAAAAUAUAAAAGUUAAAAUUCAACUAAUGCUAGAGCACCAGCCAUAUGGACACAUUGAUACACUGUGACCAUUGGCUGCUAAAUAGCAUAAAUGAGCAUGUGGAAUUCAGAGACGGCCAAUGCAGCCGUUGGCCUAAUAACUUCCAUUGUCAACUAAGUAAAAAUACAUAAAGCUGAGAAAUUAAAACAGUAGAAUAAAUACUGAUGAAUUCCAGUUCUUUUAAUCACAUUCAUCUCUCCACUCAGCCUGUCUGCCUCCAUUUCUAUCUGUCUUGAGCUAUCUCUAGUGAAGUCCAACAUUGUAUCAAAUCAAUCAACUGGAUCUUGGCAGAAGCUGUCUCUAGCGAACUUGCAACAUUGUAUCAACUAGCCUAUUCUGGGCCCUCAGAGUUUCCCAUGAGCUCAGGACAGUCAGCUGUUGCGCAAGGGAAAGGUAUUUUAUGACGUUUCCACUGGAUAUAUAUGAGGAGAUCAUCAGAUUAUAUUUUGCUCUUUCACACCGAGGUGGAGAUUGUUGGUAAUAUUUUUCUAAUAGCCUAUCAUUAGCAAUUGAUGUAAAAAAAUAAAAAAUACACAUUUCUUUGACUUACUGUGAGAGGUGAAGAAAAAAUGACUGAGAAGCUUAGUAGUUGGUGGUAGACGUGGUGACUAAGUCAAUCAGAAAUCCAACAUCCCCAAAUGGGCUUUCCUACAUUUGUGCGCAGCAGGGCAGGUAGGCUACUUCUAUGCUUGCUCAGGCGCUCGCUCCCCCUCAACAUUAAAGACCGAGAAACCAGACACAUGCUCAUUGCUCACAUGGAGCACUCCAAACAAAAGACAAUGGAAAAAAUGGACAACUUGUAAAUGAUGGUUAUGAAAUAAACCAACACUUUUUCUCACAAGUGUAGCAGGUUCUGAACUCUGCAAACAAUGUUUACACUCUGAGAAUGAGAAAGGCUUACCUCCUUAAGGAUCGGACCCCUUUUUUACAUUUUCGCCUAAAAUGACAUACCCAACUCUAACUGCCUGUAGCUCAGGACCUGAAUCGAGGAUAUGCAUAUUCUUGAUACCAUUUGAAAGGAAACACUUUGAAGUUUGUGGAAAUGUGAAAUUAAUGUUGGAGAAUAUAACACAAUAGAUCUGGUAAAAGAUAAUACAAACCAAAAAACAAGGGUGUAUUUUGUGAAAAUGUAAGAGAAAGGCCACAAUAUAAUAUUGCAGUUUAGGCUCAAUUUAGAUUUUGGCCACUAGAUGGCAGCAGUGUGUGUGCAAAGGUUAAUGACUGUAGGCCUAAUUAGUAAUACAAUGCAUUAACAGAAAUUAAUGUAACCAAAUGACGGGGAUUAACGGUAAAUUUUCUACUUGGUGACAUGUAAUUGGAAAUUUAUAAAAAUAAACAAAGGGCAAACAAUUCACAUUAAACAAUAAAUGCGCAAUAAUUGUCGGAGACAGCUGAGUGGAUUCUGGAGAGCUGAGCACAUUCAUUCUGGAAAGAGACGCACCUAUAGGCUAUCUUUGCCACACACCCCUGCCCUUCUUCUUGUCUCAACAUUUUAAAUUAUACUCAAGACACAUUAUCUUCACACAUAUUUGAGAUGCUUUUCACUAUCCGCAACAACUCAGUAACCAGAUAGGCCUUUUCCCACGAGCGCUGCCCAUUUCUCUCUUGUUCUAUUGGUUUUCAUAUCAACUUUCUUUAAUUGUCCAGAAGUCAAAUUCACAAUCCUAGUCAUAUUAGCAACCCAUCCUAGUUGUUUCAUCUUUAGAUUCACCCUCUUUCUAAGUUUCUGAGAUUUUCAUCUGUCAUAUAUGCUCACAUCAGGUGCGCUGUUUAGAAUGGGGUCUUCCCUUUUUCUAUCGAAUUGCAUUUUGGCAAAGGUUUGAAAAAUAUAUUUUAUUGGCUGCUUCAUUAUGGGAGUUGCAUGUUUUCGUAAGAUGAAUUACCAUAAUCUAAAUGGGAUUUCUGUCAUUCUGAGCACCGUGGGUGAACGCCCUAAUGGGGUACACACCCAAUGCACUGUAUGUGUCCAGUACAUUUCUCAAAUGGGCGGUAAGUUCAUCUUCUCGGUCACUUUGUCUGGUGCCACAACAGAAACCCUGGCCAGCAAACCUUUUGAUACCUUGUAGAGUCCAUGCCCCGACGAAUUGAGGCUGUUCGAAUUGAGGGGGGAGGUGUCCCUAAUGUUUGACGGGUGGGGGGUGGUGUCCCUAAUGUUUGACGGGUGGGGGGUGGUGUCCCUAAUGUUUGACGGGUGGGGGGUGGUGUCCCUAAUGGUUGGCACACUCACUAAAUACUAUAUAGAGGUGCAACGAGAGAUUUAACAUUUGAAUGUAUGAUAUCCUUGACUGCCUUUACGUUGUUCAUCAUUGUACGUGCUGGGUGAAAAUGAGCUCUGCUGCUAACAUGCUGACUAGACCGGCUCUGUGCAUGCGUCUGCGUGCGCCAUCGUGCCCAUGUUGAUUUUUGUCUAUCACCACCAGACACGUUCAUGACACGCAGGUUAAAAUACCAAAACCAACUGUGAACCAACUUUAUUAAUUUGGGGACAGGUCGGAACACACGAAACAUUCAUGGACAUUUAGCUAGCUUGUUGUUGCUAACAUAUUUGUCCUGGGAGAUAAACAUUGGGUUGUUAUUUUACCUGAAUUGCAUAUGGUCCUUUAUUUUUUUGCUGGAUCUUUGUAGAAGUUCUAUUCAUGUUGAGUCACACAAAAUAGUGUGUUCUCUACUCCGACAGAUAAUCCACAGCUAAAAAGGGGAAACCUAGUUAGUUUUUAGUUUGUUUUCUUUGAUAAAUCUCUCCUCAUUCAUCCUUCUUCUGUGGAUUUUAUAUGGCGGUUGGCAACCAACUUUAAGGUGCAUUACCACCACCAACUGGACUGGAGUGUGGACCUCAGUUCAUCUUUCAAUCACCCACAUGGGUAUAUGCUCCUAAAAAACAAUGAGGAGAUGGGAGAGGUGGGACUUGCAGCGCGUCGAGCAGCUGAAAUAGAACUAAGUUAUAUUUUAGUGUCUGGCUAUGCAGACGCCCGAGAGCAGUUUGGAUGAAAUGAUUGAAUAACAUGUAUGUGUACAUUUAUUUAGCAACGCUUGCGCACGCAACGUGGCCGGUCUGCUCAGCAUGCAAAGCUUAGGUUGAUGUGGAAUAAAAUGUUGAUCAACUGAAAGGUUUGAUUAAUAAGCACUGGCACUGUUAGAUAAAUGUCUACGUGUGUGUCUCAGGGUGAGAAGAUCUUCUACCUGAUCUCCCCCACGCCGGCCAACCUGGCCCUGUUUGAGCGCUGGAGCUCUUCGUCCAAUCAGAACGAGAUGUUUUUCGGGGACCAGGUGGACAUGUGCUACAAGUGCUCCGUCAAACAGGGGAACACGCUUUUCAUCCCAACAGGUAUUCACCCUCUCCAUCCCAACAGGUAUUCACCCUCUUCAUCCCAACAGGUAUUCACCCUCUCCAUCCCAACAGGUAUUCACCCUCUCCAUCCCAACAGGUAUUCACCCUCUCCAUCCCAACAGGUAUUCACCCUCUCCAUCCCAACAGGUACUCCAUCCCAACAGGUACUCCAUCCUCUCUAUCCCAACAGGUAUUCACCCUCUCCUCAAUCCCAACAGGUAUUCACCCUCUCCUCAAUCCCAACAGGUAUUCACCCUCUCCAUUCCAACAGGUAUUCACCCUCUCCAUUCCAACAGGUAUUCACCCUCUCCAUUCCAACAGGUAUUCACCCUCUCCAUCCCAACAGGUACUCCAUCCCAACAGGUAUUCACCCUCUCUAUCCCAACAGGUACUCCAUCCCAACAGGUAUUCACCCUCUCUAUCCCAACAGGUAUUCACCCUCUCCUCAAUCCCAACAGGUAUUCACCCUCUCCAUCCCAACAGGUACUCCAUCCCAACAGGUACUCCAUCCCAACAGGUACUCCAUCCCAACAGGUACUCCAUCCCAACAGGUAUUCACCCUCUUCAUCCCAACAGGUAUUCACCCUCUCCAUUCCAACAGCUGUUCACCCUCUCCAUUCCAACAGCUGUUCACCCUCUCCAUUCCAACAGCUGUUCACCCUCUCCAUUCCAACAGCUGUUCACCCUCUCCAUUCCAACAGCUGUUCACCCUCUUCCACCCAACAGGUAUUCACCCUCUUUAUUUACCCUCCAUCCCAACAGGUAUUCAACAAAGUGUUUCCCCAUGUCUAAAUCAGUACAUGAUCAGAGGGCAAUAAUGAAAAAAUGCAGUGGAACUGGCUUUGAGGUCCAAAGUAGAGUUUGAGUGGUCUAGAGUACACAGUUUAUUAGGUACACCCAUCUAGUACCGGGUCGGACCCCCCUUUGCCUCCAGAACAGCCUGAAUUAUUCGGGGCAUGGAUUUUACAAGUUGGAAACAUUCCACAGGGAUGUUGGUCCAUGCUGACACAAUGGCAUCCAUGGACUCAUGCUGCUUACACCAAAUCCUGACACUGCCAUCAGCAUGACUCAACAGGAACCCGGGAUUCGUCGGACCAGGCAAUGUUUUUCCACUCCUCAAUUGUCCAGUGUUGGUGAUGGCGUGCGCACUGGAGCCACUUCUUUUUGUUUUUAGCUGAUAGGAGUGGAACCCGGUGUGGUCGUCUGCUACAAUAGCCCAUUCGUGACAAGGAUCGAUGAGUUGUGCAAUCCGAGAUGCCGUUCUGCACACCACUGUUGUACUGCGCCAUUAUUUGUCUGUUUGUGGCCCGCCUGUUAGCUUGCACGAUUCUUGCCAUUAUCCUUCAACCUCUCAUCAAUUAGUUGUUUUCGCCCACAGGACUGUCGCUGACUGGAUGUUUUUUGUUUGUCGCACCAUUCUCUGGAAACCCUAGACUCUGUUGUGCGUGAAAAGCCCAGGAGGGUGGCCGUUUCGGAGAUCCUGAAUCUGGCUGGCCUGGCACCGAUGAUCAUACCACGCUCAAAGUCGCUUAAGUCACUCGUUUUGCCCAUUCUAACAUUCAAUCGAACAGUAAAUGGAUGCAUGUCUGCCUGCUUUGUAUAAAAAGCCACGGCCACGUGACUCACUCUCUGUAGGAGCGAUCCAUUUUCAUGAACAGGGUGGUGUACCUAAUGGUGGUGUACCUAAUAAACUGUCCGGUGAGUAUGUACAGGGAGUUGUCCUGUGACAGGCCUGCUAUUGUGUUAGACAUGCAGUACAUUUCCAGUGGAGUUUGUCAGAACUCUGUAUAUUAUGUGCCAAUAGGACAUGCAUAUAUUAAUAGUUUAUUACCUGUGGUAUGUGUGAGUUGUUUACAUGUACCUGUGUGUGUCUCUCAGGAUGGAUCCACGCUGUGCUGACUCCUGUGGACUGUGUGGCCUUCGGAGGGAAUUUCCUACACAGCCUCAACAUUGACAUGCAGCUCCGGUGAGUCCCGUCACCCCUGCCUCCUCCUUAAACAUUAGUCACAUCACCUACUGUACUCAGUUUUUCUCAACCGAUCUUAGCGACCUCUCUCUACCAAUCAUAACUAGAAUGCCAUUUGGAAAAUUGCUCACACAAUACAUGGCGGCAGGUAGCCUCGCGCUUAGAGCGUUGGGCCAGUAACUGAAAGGUUGCUGGCUCCAAAUCCCCGAGCCGACAAGGCUCUGUUGGUGUGCCCUUGAGCAACACUAAUUGCUACUAUAAGUCACUCUGGAUAAGAGCGUCUGCUAAAUGACUCAAAUGUAAAUGUCCAUUGUAUUACCAUUGUAUUACCAUUGUACCAUGUGUUCAUACUAUACGUUCUAUUAUAAACUGGGUGGUUCGAGCCCUGAAUGCUGAUUGGCAGACAGCCGUGGUAUACCACGGGUAUGACAAAACAUGUAUAUUUACUGCUCUAAUUAAGUUGGUAACCAGUUUAUAAUGGUAAUAAGGCACCUCGGGGGCGCGUUGCGUCGUGCAUAAGAACAGCCCUUAUCUGUGGUAUAUUGGCCAUAUACCACACACCCCUCUGGCAUUACUGCUUAAUUACAAAAUGUAUAUUACCAUUCACCCUGUGUUCUGUCUCCUCCUCCCAUCAGAGCAUAUGAAAUAGAGAAGAGGUUGAGUACAGCCGACCUGUUCCGGUUUCCAAACUUUGAGACGGUGUGUUGGUAUGUUGGCAAGCACCUGCUCGACACAUUCAGAGGUGAGGCGCUUCAUCAUAAACCAUUGUUUCCCCCCCCCCCCCCUCUGCUGAACUGCAUUUGUUGGGGCAAUGUUUGUCAGGAACUUUGAACGUCUAUAUUGGCCUACUUUACAGGUCUGCGAGAGAACCGCAGACACCCUGCUACCUACCUGGUCCAUGGAGCCAAGGCCCUCAACAAUGCUUUCCGCACCUGGACACGCAAAGAGGUGAUUCUUUACUGUAGGCCCCCUUAUGUAUGCAUUAAUUAAGCCUUUAUAGCAGCUACAUAAGACAUAACACCUGUCAUAGGCAUUCAUAAACAUUGUGAACAAUGGCAUAAGGUGUCAUGAAGCUAGUUAUAUUGGGCGCUGUAGUCCUUUGUGUCUUGUGACGUUCUGUUUUUGUGCUCUGGCCAGUCGCUGACUGACCACGAGGUGGAGAUUCCAGAGACCAUAGAGACUCAGCGUCUAGUGAAGGACCUGGCCAAGGAGAUACGACUGGUUGAGGUAGGCAGGGGGCAAUAUUUUGUAGAGUACACUGACCGAGCCAAGCUACUGGGCUGGCCUGGUUGUUCGUCCACCAUAGAAAAGAUCUGUGCCAGUACAGUUCAGGUCGCACCUAUAGUGUGAGGCACAUUCAGACAUGAGUGUAUGAAUUAAUUUCAGUCUGUCUUACUGAGAAUACUCAGUCUUCUCCUCUCUGCCCCCACAGGACAUCUUCCAGCAAGGCCGUCCUGCAGCUCCUUUCACCUCUACACAGGGCUUCCCCACCCCCCUCCCCAAAGCCUCCCCUCUAGCCAUCUCCCGGAGUCCAGGCCGCCCCCCGGGGACGAAGAGAGGCCCCAAACCCAAGGAUGUGUCCCCCAGUCCCAAGAAGAAGGGUCAAAAGGGCUUAAUGAAAGAGGCAGGCGAGUUGGACCUCCUGGAGAUCCACACCAAACACACACUGAAGAAAUUCCAAUCUGGUAACAAGAAGAAAAAGAAGAAGGUAUGACUGUUCAACAUAGUCCUUUUUACCUCAACAUUUCCCUCUCUGGAACAAAUAAGGUUGAAAGUCGAAAUGUACUUCGGCUCUCAGCCUCACAUUGGUAAUGUGUAUGAUAGUGAAACGCUAACAAGUGUGUGCCAUUCCUCUCCUUCUCCAGUUAGAGCUGCCUCUGGAGGAGUUUGCAGGGAGAAUGAGCAAGAGCAAACUGAAACUGGUGCUGACCAAUGGCAAAAUACAGGGGUAAGACUGGGAGAUCAGGAGACACAGCAGAGAUCUUCAUGCCAUAUCUUAAUCUCUCUUUUUUUCCCCUCUCUCAUCCUUUCUCACUCUCUCUCUCUUCGAUCUCCACAUCUCUCUCUCUCGCUCUCUCUGCCUCUCUGUCUGUCUCUCAUCAUGUUAUUGCUACAUUUCAGGGUCAUCCAUCCUUAUUUCUGCCCACAGGAAGAAGGGUGGUCGUUCAGGCAGCAGUAACAGUGCAGGCCGUGCCACUCACUUCCAGCACCAUGCUGUGGGAGGGUCUACCAUGUCAGAUUUCGAGUCCGAGGACGAACUGCAGAUUGAUGAAACUCCCCCUCCACGACGCAAGGCUGGAGGAUCUAGCAAGAAGAAACUCAGUGGUGAGAAAGAGACCCUUUACAUAAUCUAGUUUGAAUGUAAUAUGUAGUUGGGGAGCACCUGCUUCGUAAUAUCAUUCAUUACUAAAGAAUAAAAUAGUUUUCUGCUCUCGUUGGGGCAUUCGGUUCAGCCUUCUGAGCCUUGAGGCUAAAGGUUUUUGAAGAGUCCUUUGGGUAACUGAGUGAUGUAAUCCGGGUCAGUGAGUGUUAUCGUUAUCAAAUUGUAUUGGUCGCAUACACACUGUGAGCCAGGCCUAAUCACCCAACAUCAGUGCCCAACCUCACUAAUGCUAUUGUGGCUGAAUGGAAGCAAGUCCCCGCAGCAAUGUUUCCAACAUCUAGUGGAAAGCCUUCCCAGAAGAGUGGAGGCUGUUAUAGCAGCAAAGGGGGGACCAACUCCAUAUUAAUGCCCAUGAUUUUGGAAUGAGAUGUUCGACGAGCAGGUGUCCACAUACUUUUCGUCAUGUAGUGUAUUGUUUGGGGUAGGUUUUGUCGGUUGGUGGGGCCACAUCAAACUAGAACCCACCUUAUGUAUGUAUGCCUAGAUCAGGGAUCUCCCACAGGUAGAUCUCAAGCUACCAGUAGCUAGCAGCCCACCGAUGAGUAGCUCAGCAAGCAAUUCUGAAAGUACAUGCAUUUCUUUCAUUUAUUCCAUUGCAAACUGUCAUAAACAUAAAGCUCCCUGCUACUAUCCAAUCAAAGCCACAUUGACAUUAUCCCACCCCUGGUUAGCCACUAUUGGCUUAAAAAGCCAAACGUAACACAAUGUCUGCCAAUUAAUUUCCAGCAAUAUUGCCCAUGUCUGUUUGGUGCGCGUUUGUUUAGCACUCUGUAUGUAGCCAGUUAGCGAUGUUAAUGAUUAACCAACCGUCUUGUGGGUAGACGAUGACUUUCCCCAAAAAAACCUUUUCAAUUAAAUGUUAACUGCAAAGUUGGCUUACCUGACAGAACUAUAUCAUGAUUAUUUGUAUCAAAUGGGUGGCCAUUGUUUAACAAACUGCUUGCCGCAGAAGUAGGUCUAAUAGCAGAAACAUCGCUAGACCGACACUUUCCUCUCUUGCUAGAUGUGCAAUUAAAUGGAAAUUACACUCAAAUUAAAAUGUAUUCCAAAAGAAAAUUGGGGGGAACUCAAAAUGUCUUCUGAUGUGAUUUAAACAUUGACAUGGACUUCAACAUCAAUUUUCAGGAAAAUACAAAAAAUAAUUUUAAUGGGCCUGUCAUUUCAAAUACUGUUUAUUAACCAUUAUUGUACCAGAUAUAUUGACGUAAAACACAUAUCUUGUACACCAAGGACCUGGGGAUGAGUUGCAGAGUAGAAAAUAAUCAUGUGCCUAUAUGAAAGCUAUGGAUAACAAUUAUUAGUAGCUCGUGAAAUGUUUAAAUUUUUUCAAAGUAGCUCUCGUGCUAGAAAAGGCUGGAGACCGCUGGCCUAGAUCGUAUUCCAUCAGGGCACACUUUGCAACAAAAACUGCUACAGAAAAAAUGAAAAUGUCUUCUAGUUCCUCUCUGUUUCACAGUUUCAGGUAGUUUUGUACCUACUGAACAACCCUUGUCCCCUCAGGUCUCCCCCGGAAGCUACCAAGGGCCAAGCCUUGCUCUGACCCCCAUCGCAUCAGGGAACCCGGAGAGGUGGACUUCGACAUUGAAGAGGACUACACCACCGAUGAGGAGGAGACCUUGACUGUCCAUGGAGUGAAGGGUGGAGCCGGGGGCAUCCUGGACCUGCUGAAGGCCAGCAAACAGGUGGCAGGGCUGGACUCCGCUCUCAGGUAGGACCUGCCUCACAAUUCCAGACACUUAAUCAGCACUAUGAAUACAUUUUGUUUCAGACUAUCAUGUAUUUUUUUUAAAUCUUUCUGAAAUCAAGUGGAUAAUGGAAAAAUUGUAGUGGGAGCCAACAAAAUGGGGAAGAUGAAUGUUUUACUCUUUGCUUCCAUUAACAUUACUGAGAAGCUUGGAUGACUUUCGUAAUUGAAAUUUUUUGCCAAGUUUUUGCAACAGAUCUAAUUUAAUUCUUACUCAAACUACAUUUUAGUUCUGUUUGUGUGGUGAAUCAUGAUCACUCAUCUCUCUCUCUCCUCCACCCUCCAGUGAGGAAGCCCCAGCCUCUCCCAGCACACAAGAAGCUAUUCAGGGCAUGCUCUCCAUGGCCAACCCUCCCUCCUCUUCCUCCUCCUCCUCUUCCUCCUCCUCUUCCUCCCCUCUCUCUGUCUCUGGAGGGCUGUCUGAGGGACUGGGAUUAGUCAAAGAGAAAGGAGGACGAGCCGUGUGGGUGACAGGAGCCAAUAAGAGCAGAGCAGGAGGGGGAAGCUCCUCUAAAGAGAAGAAAACGUUCCAGCGUCCUGGGAAACGGCCUGUCAAGCGGCCGGCCCGUCACCUUAGUGAUGAGGAGAGCACAGACGAGCAGGAGACUCUUGGUACCUGUUUUAAAGACGCAGAGUAUGGUGAGUCAUAGGCUGUGUGCGUCCAUAUGCUCCCUAGUCCCUAUAUGGUGUUCAAGUAUUGACCAGGUUAAGUCAUAGGAGGAAGGAUCACAGCUCCUGGCUACUGCUCAGAGGCUACUCCCCUCACCCUGGGUGCAUUCAUUUUGGAAUGGUCUCAAAUAGGGCUGUGGUGGUCAUGACAUUUUGGAAUGGUCUCAAAUAGGGCUGUGGUGGUCAUGACAUUUUGAAAUGGUCUCAAAUAGGGCUGUGGUGGUCAUGACAUUUUGGAAUGGUCUCAAAUAGGGCUGUGGUGGUCAUGACAUUUUGGAAUGGUCUCAAAUAGGGCUGUGGUGGUCAUGACAUUUUGGAAUGGUCUCAAAUAGGGCUGUGGUGGUCAUGACAUUUUGGAAUGGUCUCAAAUAGGGCUGUGGUGGUCAUGACAUUUUGCCAGCUGGUAAUUUUCUUGCAAAUGACUGCUGGUCUCACAGUAAUUGACCGAUAAUGAACAUGAACAUGUUUACCUUCUCCAGGCUUCCACGCAUACAAGCUGCGCCUUUGGAACAUCUAGAUUUUAAAAAGUCAAAUAAGUAUCAAUUUAAUAUAGCCUACACCAUCACAAUAAAAUCCAUUAUUUAUUUAGUUGUGAUAGGCCUAUAAACCUGGGAAUGCCUUAGAAAUCAAAACAUAAGGGCUGCAUGAUGCAACUCUAUAUUGAUGAUUUGGAAAAGGUUGCAAAAAAAGGGAUGUGCUCUGAUCUUUACCGUAGAGAGGGAGACGAUUGCAUUGCUGCUUUGCUUUUGUGGCAAGCAAUUAAGGUGCUAUCUAAUCAAUGGAAGAUGGAAUUAAAAUGAGGGAAAAAAUGUAGGCUGCUAUUUAGGCUAUAACCUGAAUGAAGUUGUUAUGUGUAGGCUAACUGUAGGACGGUGAGAAGCACAGUAACAUUAUGGCUAGCCUCAAUUAGCCUAGCUAGCUAGUUUAACUAGCUUCUCUCAGUUUGAUGCAGUCAAGACGGGUACAAUGUAAUCGGAUGGGAUGAUAAAUAACUAGCAAGACGUUAGUCUAGCGCGAGAUAACAGUGGUUACGGGUCUCUCCCUCGGUGCUGCGGUGCUUCAAGCCGACAGUGCAUACAUAAGCAGCACGGGGAUUUCAAGUUUGGGGAAGCUAAUUUUCACCAUAAAAAUUCACCUUUAUAAUAAAGCAUUCCAUGCAUCAUUGCAUUUGCAGACUUAUGUAAGCCUACUAUUCCUAAUGUGAUGAUUAAAUUGGAUAGUCAUGAUUGAGGCUAAUAAUAUAACUCAAUCACUGUAAGCAAAAAAGAUUGUUCUAUGCAGCGCGUAGUGGUGUAAAGUUGGCUAGGCUAUAUCAGAUACAUUUCUCAUUUUCUUUCCACAGGGAAAUGUUGGACUUUUAUAAACACAUUUCAUGAAAUUCUACUAUACUUUAUUUGACUGGAGACAUUAGCAGUCUUUUCUUUCAUACGACACAUUUUAGGGUAGCCUACUUUGCUGACUCUGACAAACAGAUAAAUAGAAACGAUGUCUGAUCCAUAUAAACGGCCUACGAAAAGGGGAGACACAAAUACAAUAUGACGUCCAUCUAACCUGGAGGAGGAAAUGAUUGUCCAAAAACAAACAAACGUGAUACUGACCCAAUGAUAAAGACAGUGAAUAUGCACACUCACCGGGGAUAUGGCCGAUAUUCUCCGCUGGUGCCAAUAAGAUAGGCUAUUGUUCGCUCAAUUAAGUUACGAAUUUUGAUAACUAAAAGACAGAUUGGAGUCUCUUCAUUGUCAUCUCUUUACAGCAAUAGCCAUUUGCUUUCCAAACUGUUUUUCUGAGAUGUGUAUUUUUUAAAUGUUGUGAUAUGCCUGGAUGGGUCUCUGUUUUUCACUGACAGUCGUAACUCAACAACAAUCGAUUUGGUAUUUGUCGUGUGCGCUGGCCAAAUUCUGGCCCUUCCAACUGUAGGCUAUGCGAUUUAAAACAAUCCACAGCUUUUUUUAAUUUUAAAGAAGCUAUUGAUUCUCUGUGGCCAAAUCAUGCUUUCUGGUGUAGUUGCCCAUUUUUUUAAUUAUUUGAUUUAUUUCUGUAUACAGGAGUAGGCUAAUUAGACAUAUAUAAACUCAGCAAAAAAAUAAACGCUAAAGAUUUAUUUGGGCUGUAAUUUCUGAGGCUGGUAACUCUAAUGAACUUAUCCUCUGCAGCAGAGUUAACUCUGGGUCUUCCAUUCCUGUGGCGGUCCGCAUGAGAGCCAGUUUCAUCAUAGCGCUUGAUGAUUUUUCCGACUGCACUUGAAGAAACUUUCAAAGUUCUUGAAAUGUUCCGUAUUGACUGACCUAAAUGUGUUAAAGUAAUGAUGGACUGUCGUUUCUCUUUGCUAAUUUGAGCUGUUCUUGCCAUAAUAUGGACUUGGUCUUUUACCAAAUAGGGCUAUCCCCCCUACCUUGUCACAACACAACUGAUUGGCUUAAACGCAUUAAGAAGGAAAGAAAUUCCACAAAUUAACUUUUAAGAAGGCACACCUGUUAAUUGAAAUGCAUUCCAGGUGACUACCUCAUGAAGCUGGUUGAGAGAAUGCCAAGCGUCCUGCCAUCCAGGACCUCUAUACCAGGUGGUAUCAGAGGAAGGCCUUACAAAUUGUCAAAGACUCCAGCCACCCAAGUCAUAGAUUGUUCUCUCUGCUACCGCACGGAAAGCGGUACCGGAGUGCCAAGUCUAGGUCCAAGAGGCUUCUAAACAGCUUCUACCCCCAAGCCAUAAGACUCCUAAACAUCUAAUCAAAUGGCUACUCAGACUAUUUGCAUUGCCCCCCACCCCUCUUUUACGCUGCUGCUACUCUCUGUUUAUUAUCUAUGCAUAGUCACUUUAAUAACUCUACCUACAUAUUACCCCAAUUACCUCGACUAACCGGUGCCCCCCGCACAUUGACUCGGUACCGGUACCCCCUGUAUAUAGCCUCGCUAUUGUUAUUUUUACUGCUGCUCUUUCAUUAUUUGUUACUUUAUUUUGUAUUAUUUUAUUGUGUGUGUAUAAAUAUAUAAAAAAAAAAAUUGGGGGGGGGGUAAUCUUUCUUAAAACUGCAUUGUUGGUUAAGGGCUUGUAAGUAAGCAUUUCACUGUAAGGUCUGCACCUGUUGUAUUUGGCGCAUGUGACAAAUAAGAUUUGAUUUGAAGCUGUCAUCAAGGCAAAGGGUGGCUACUUUGAAGAAUCUCAAAUAUAAAAUAUAUUUUGAUUUGUUUAACACUUUUUUGGUUACUACAUGAUUCCAUAUGUGUUAUUUCAUAGUUUUGAUGUCUUUACUAUUAUUCUACAAUGUAAAAAUAAAGAUAAACCCUUGAAUAAUUUUGGCAAUCAAAUGUACUUUAAGGAAAGCUUAGCUUCCCCUAGCCUUAUGGACACAUUCUCAAACACACAACGCACGGCCUCCAGUCCCUAAUAGCCUACAGCUGCUCGCCCUGUGCCUCUCUCUCCCCCUUUCGGUAAUGGCUCCGGUUUAACCCUCUAGAGUCGAUUGACACACCGGUGCGUCAAUCUAAGUAGAAUAAUAAAAAAUCCACAUCAAAAUCCUGUCAGUUUAAUCUAGAGAUAUCUGUGGCAGAGCUGGAGCGGUGUUUUUCAGACCAUGAGACAUCCCGAAAAUCAGUCUUUUCAUGAAAACGUCUGUGGCUUCCGAACGGUUUGACAGUUUUACAAACUAUUAUGACCACUCUAUGGAAAGGGGAGACUCUCACGAACACGAUGGUGGUCUCUGUUUUGUCACAGGACUCAUCUGAAGGUAACCGUUACCGGUUUUAAAAAAUGUGUGGAAGUAUGAAGGUAGUUUUGUGCCUACCCAAGAAAGGGGUUAAAUAUGUGUGAAAAAUAUAUAUAUUUCCUGAGCGUUGUUAUAUCUCCUAGAUAUAGGACAAACACUUAACCUUGUUUCUUAUUAUCAUUUUUUUUACUGUAUUUUUUUCAUUUGUGAAUGUGUUAGUCAAUGCUUUUCUCUGGGCUAUAGUAGUGAAGGCCAAAUUCAAUAUUUUAUCAAAUAUUUUAUAUAUUUUUCGAUACCUAAAGGGGUCCUAAAAUUCUAAAUUAGUUUUGGCACGGGUUUUAAAAAUUAUUUGAUGCAUAUUGAAUCCGGGGCUUUUCUGUGUCCAUUUCAGAACGGGAGCUCUAACUCCCAUCACCAUUUGUCCUCCUCAUUCAGAUUACUCAAAUUCAAUCAUGAAGUGUUGAGAGAGUGAUUAGAGGUACAAUAGAGCGCUGAGUAUCAGGCCAUUAGCAAGUUUGGUAGGCUACCCAUCAACACUGUUCCUUUGCACAGUUUUGGAUGGGAUUACCGUGACCAACGGUCACAGGGAAUUUGACUGAGGUCAUGACUCGUGACUGCCGGUGUGGCGGUAAUACGGUCACCGCAACAGCCCUAGUCUCAAAUAUGCACACUCCGCCUAACUGGUUCCUGGGCGAGCUAAAAACGAACGCACCAACAUUAUUUGAGCUUGUCUGGUGACUAAAUCAUGGUCCAUUCAAGGCACUAUGGAUACUUAACUAAAUGUAAAUGAUCCAAUGAUGUCACAGUCAUUAUCCUUGACUGUCUGUCUGUGUUUCAGUCUAUCCGUCCUUAGAGUCUGAUGAGGAGGACCAGGUCAAGAUGAAGAGAAAGAGGAACUGGGGCGACACUCCUUGGAGCCCCAAAGGUACUCAUUAAAUGAAGUCCCUGAAUGUUGGACCGUGGCGUGGACAUGUUUCAUGACCAAAUCAGCAAAGGAAAUGUGUUGGUACUUAGUUGAACAUUUAGAAACCAUCUUUAUGGGGAUUUUCCAAAUAAAGUUUUACCAAUAAUUAGAUUAAUUCCACUAACAUCUUCUCUUGUUCCCUCAGCCCGGGUGACCCCCACCCUGCCCAAACAGGAGCGCCCAGUGAGGGAUGGGGCUAGAGUGGCAUCUGUAGAGACUGGCCUUGCUGCAGCUGCUGCCAAACUGGCAAAACAGGUGAGAGGAGGGGACAUAUGUUGGAGGAGGAUCUACUUUUAGUAAUAAAGAAGCUUUUUAAAUUUAAUUCCAUUGUCCUCCAAGUGUUGCUGAAUCUCCUCUCCACUUCUGCGGGCAGUUCUGAGAGAGGUAGGGCAGUUAGCGGUAGUGCCUUUUACAAAAUCUUAUAGGCAUUCAAAUAGAUGAGACAACCACCAAAUAAAUGUUUUCCCUCAACUGUCAAUUGAGAGCCAAAUGUCAAAAUGCCAUGUUCCAAGGAACUAGGGAAGAUGAGUGAGUUAACUGUUGUCUAAUAGUUUAUUUGUUUAUUCAUCCAGGAGAUCCAGAAACCCACCAAGAGGAAGUACACCAAAAAGCCCCGCCCCAUUGCCCCACCACAGCCCCCUCCUCAGGCCGAGCCGUCCCCUCCCUCCCCACCUCCAGCCCCGGAGCCUCCCACCCCUGACUUCAGCCCUGAGCGGAGGAUGGAGUGCUACUCUGCCAGUCUACUGGACCAUGAGUACACGGCGGGCCCUGGCCCGUUCGGCCCCGGAGGCCCCAGAGGGAGUGCUGCUAUGGCUCCUGGGGUGUUCCUCACCUCCAGGCGACCCUCCCUCUCCCCCCAGAACAGCAGCACUUACUCCCUCUCAGCAGCCUCCCCUGCUGGGCUAGCCAGCCCCGGCAGCGCUGGAGCUGGUGGAGGUAAGUACACAGAACACACAACACAUCACAGCACAUAGACAUGAGUUGUGUUCAUUAGGGCACACAACGGAAAACGUUUCAAAGCGUUUUGCAAUGGGAAAUUAUAAUUAAAUGUCCAGAUAGUCCCUCCCUGUUUAUCUGUUGUCUUCCAUUUGGUGCCUAAUGAACAAGAUUGACACAUUGAUAUUCACAAAUGCGACAACCCCAACAUUCUUACCCAUUACUGCCUCCCUUCAUCUCAGGGAAACGUCCAAAGAAAGGACUUGCAACAGCAAAACAGAGACUAGGAAAGAUUCUGAAAAUACACCGCAAUGGGAAGCUUCUCCUGUGA